GUAAUAAAUCCUAAAUCAUAACACUUGAAUUUGAUUAUGUCAUAAUGAAAUUGUUAUAUUAAAUAUGCUUGGGACUUAUAAAUCUUAUAAUUUAUUAUGAUUAUUUUCUUUUAACUUCUCUUAUUGUUAAAUAUAUAACAAAUAAAACGAUUAUGACAAUGUUAUAAAACUUGAUUACUUUACAAUUGAUUAUUCAAUCAUUUAAAUUGCAUAAUAAUUAGGCUACAAUUAAACAAAAACAUAAAUAACUGAUGAUUUUUGAAAGUGAAGACAACAGGAAUGCAAAAAGCGAUAAUCCAUCUAGAAAACAUUCAAUUUCAAUUUUAUCGCCUUCAACAUCUUCAAUUGAAUUGACAGGACAUAAUCAAAAUAAUAAUAAUAGUAGCAGUGUUAUUAAUAGAAUGACAAAUCAUUCAAAAUUUGAUAAUUUAUCAUCUGAAUAUAAUCCAAGUCAUAAUAGAUGGUCACCAGAACAUUUUAAUAAUAAUAAUAGUAAUAAAGCAAAUAAUUCAAAUCGGCAUACACCUAAUAAAUAUCUCACAAUCAAUCCAUAUUACAAUAUGGAGGAUUCCAAUGCAUCUUCUUCUAAUGAAACAAAAAUUCAAAUAUUGAAAUCGAUUGAUAAUGAUGGUGUCGGUAGUGGUUUUACUAGUUGUACCAGUGGUAAUAUAGGUCACAUUGGAGUUAUUUCAACUAAUCUUAGUAAUGAUAAUAAUAAUAAUACUAUUGCUACUUCAAUUACCAAUAAUACUCCCAGUAGUAAUAACAAUUUUGAUAUCGAUUGUUUUCAUUAUCCGUUACGUGAAGCAAUGAAUCAGGAUUUAAUUGAUUUACUACGAUCACAAAUAUCAAAAUUAUUAGAGGAAAAUGAAAAGCUUGUGUCACGAAUUGACGAUUAUCGACAAAAGAUAGCAUUUAUUGAACGCGAAAAACGAGAAGCAGCAGUAGAUCCAUCCAAUGAAAUUUUAACAUUACAAACGGAAUUAGGUGAAGCACGAAUGAGAGAAGCAGAACUGACUAUAUCAUUUGAAGAAUUGCAGCACCGUAUAACAGCUAUAGAUCGGCUUAUAGAAACUGAUCCGGAAAUGGAGAACUUUUUUAAUGCUGUUACCAUAUCGCCAACAAGUUUAUCUAUGAAAAAACAAUCUCAGAUACCUAAUUCAAGUCAGAACAGUUCACCUGCAAAAUAUGCCAAUUAUCAAUCGACACAACACAAUUUAUCUGAUAUGGAAGAUCAACGAAUAGUACGCGAAAUUCGUUCAUCCCCAUAUUCAACUGAAGAAAACAAUUCUCAAAAGUUAGCUUCACCAUCAAUCAAUAGAUCUUUGUAUAGUCGUGUAUCUAACAGUAAUAAUAAUAAUAAUAAUAAUAGUUACACUAGUCGAAUUUAUUCUCGUCUUCAAAAUGAGCAAUACAAUAAUAAUUUUAACAAUGAUAUUGAUGGUGAAUUUCCUCGAGGUAUUCAACAAUCAGGGUUGGAUUCACCUCAAAGUGAUAGUGGUUGUAGCCUGGCUAGUCAUACAACAUCUGAUGGUAAAGAUGGAAAAGAAGUAACGAAUGCGUUUGGUCGAGUAACAGUUGGUGCAGAGAAUUAUGAUAAUUCUAAUAAUCGUAUAAAUGUUCGACGAUUAACUCAACCUCAUUAUAACUUUCAAAUUGAAGCAAACAAUCGAACAAUGUCUCCUUCUCGUCGAGACAGAAGUCAUGGUGGUGAUGAAGAUGAAGAUUUUGACACAGAGUCAAAAAAUAAUCGUCCAAAAGGAUUUGUUUCAUUAUUACGUAGAAGUCGUAGUAGUGCUGCUGAUCAUAUUAUGAUGAAUGGAUUUCGAAGUGAACUUAACUCUCCUUGUUCUAAUGACACAAUUAAUCAUAAUCGAGCAUCAAUAGAUACUCCAACACCGACAGAAUCAGGUGCUUCGGGAUCAGAACAAUAUGAAAUAUGUGGGAAUGAGAGAAAACCAGGUGAUCGUUUAAGUCGAUUGAGAGCUUCUCUUAGGCAGUCAUUUGGAUGGCCUUCAUCAAAACCAGAUUUUCGAAUGGAAGCCUUUGCAGCUAGGCAAGGUGAAGCUAGAGCUUUGCUAAAACUCAGAGAGACCAGAAUGGAUGUUCUGAGAGUACAAUCCAGAUGUCAAACAUUACAACGUCAUAUUGAUCGUCUGGAAGCUAUCAAUUCAUUUCGUAUGUCUGAACUUGAAGAUGCUGUAGCUAAUGAUCGUGAACUUCGUCAAGAGAUUAGGAAUUUACAAACUCGAAUCUUUCAAAUAGAAGCCGAGCAUCGAGAGUUUAAAGUUGGCCAACGAAUUAAAGAAAUGGAAUUAAUGAGUAAAUUAGCAGAAUCUAAUAUGCGUCUAUCUCAUGCAGAAAUGUCUAAUCAACAAGCGAUUGUCUGGUCCCAGUUGAAUAAAGCACAUGAAGCGGCAGUUGAUUUAUUGACACCAGCACAUUCUCAAACAUCUUUAAUAUCACCUUGUAUGUUAACAAUUGAAUCACCGUCUACUUCACGAUAUACCAUAGCAAAUAAUAGUAAUAAUAGUAAUAAUAAUAACAAUAACAACUCUGGUUGUAAAGAGGAUGGUAUGGAUACUUGUCGAAACAAGAAUAAUUUUUCAGCAAUUUCACGAUAUGGUGAUUUAAGAAGAGAUGUAAGUGGACGGAAAACAGAUUUAAGCAAAACAACUAUAUUCACAGAGUUUUCCGAUGGACAACACAAUACAAAUUAUGAAAGUAUAAAUGAUAGACGAUUAAUGAGAUCAGAGUCAAAUUCAUCAACUCAACGAAAUCAUCACCAUCAACAUACAUCUAGUAAUCGACGUGAUAAAUCAAUUGACUCUUUAUCAGAAUUACGUUUAAUGCCAGAAAUUAGCAUUAUAGGGAAAUCUUCAGACGUAAAUCGAUAAUUAUCAUCAUAUCAUUCAAUAACACAUUAAAACAACAAUGACAUUCACUGUCUUUAUACAUUACAUAUCUGAUAAAUUCACAUAUCAAAAUAGCUCUUAUAAACCUCUUAGAUAUAAAUUGCUUCAAUAUACAUACAUAUAGAUAUAAUAUCUGUGUAUAUCGCUGUUUACAAGUGUAUUGUGUAUUCAAUGUUUUAUACCGAUCUAUCACUCAAUAUUAAGUACUUUUUACAUCACUCAUCCUUUCCUAAGCACUUAACAUCUACACUCUUCUCACAGAAACAAAACAAAACAACACAACCACUAAUAAGCAAAUGAAUAUAUAUAUACAUAUAUAUUAUGAACCAGUGUUUUCAAGUAGUUACCUUUCCUGAAACUUUGUUGUUUCUUAUCUCUUUUUUUCUUUUCUUUAUACUCUCUUGUAGUCAUCAUUUGUACUACCCUUUUUCAUUGUUGUGUUCAAAGAAAAAAAAGACAUAUACAGUUUGAUUUUUAGUAACGUAUGAUGAUUCCUUUUGUUUUCUUUCAAUAACUACACUUAUUAUUAUUAUUAUUAUUAUUGAAGAUAUUUCAUUUUGGCACUAUUCAUAUUCAUAAUAUUUAUUCUUAACUAUUUUUAUUGACUUGAUUUUAUUCCUUUUUCUUGUUUCUUUAUUGUUUAUGUUUUUUUCUCUUCAUGAUAUUGUCGAUAAAACAGUUUUUGGUCAUUAUACUUUCAUUGGUUUAAUUAAUGGCUGUGCAAUUAUUAUUAUUAUUAUUAUAUAUAUUACUAUUAUUAUCAUUAUUAUUAUUAUCAAAGUUACUAUUAUGAUUGCUAUUUUAGAGUAAAAAUUUUUUUUUGAUUUACUGGGAUUUUCUAUCUGUUUUAUCUUUUUCCCUUUCUCUCACUCUCUUUAAUAAACAUGCUUAUUAUUAUUCAUUUAAUCAAUAAUUUAUUACAUCUUGGUGAUGAUAAUGAUAAUUAGUUUUCAUGGGAAUUAUUUUGUAAGUGGAACUGUUUACUAUUGAAAGUCAUGAAAUGAUUUUUUUAUAUAGAGAAUAAUAGAUAAGUCCGAUGUUAGCGUUUAUUAUCUAAAGUUUAUGGGAAUGUUAAACAGAAGCAAUGAAAUUUAUAUUCGAUUUUAAUCAAGGAUAUACCUUUGAGAUCAUGGACAUGUUUCUUAACUAGUUUAAAAAUUCAUAUUUUUAGUCUCAUGUUGACUCCCAGACUCUUUCUACUUAGUACAUAAAUCAAUAUUAAGUACAGGUUGAAUUAACAGCCGAAGCACUCAACUCCAAUCCCAAUUUAUGAUUCUGAAGAACAUAUGAAACUCAAAACAACUGUCAACCAAUAUCAAAAUCAGAACCUUUGAUACGAACGCCAAGAAAGUUCUGCUAUACGGAGCUGAAACGCGGAUAUCUACUACAACCAUCAUCAAGAAGUACACGUAUUUAUAAACAGUUGUCUACGCAAGAUACUUAGUGUCCGUUGUCCGGAUACCAUCAGCAACAGCCUACUAUGGGAGAUAACAAACUAGUUUUUAGCUGAGGAGGAAAUUAGGAAAAGAUGAUGGAAGUGGAUAGGACACAUAUUGAGGAAAUCGUCAAGCUGCAUCAGGAGUCAAGCGCUUACUUGGAAUCCUCAAGGGAAACGAAAAAUAGGAAGUUCAAAGAACACACUGUACAGAGAAUUGAAAGCAAACAUUAAAAGAGUGAAUAGCAACUGAAAAGAACUGGAAAGGAUUGUCUAAAACAGAAUUCGAUGGAAAAUGCUAGUGAGCGGCCUAUGCUCUUCCACGAGGGGUAACAGACGUAAGUGAAUAAGUAAAAUGAAUAAUUCAACUGAAUUAUAAGUUGAAAUAUCAUUUUAUCUACAAAUUUAACAAUGAUAAAUGCUUUUUUGAAGUAAUGUCAAACUUUAUUUCUGAUGAUACACUAUGUAGCUGUGAGUUCAAGAAUCUAAAUUUCUUUUCACUUAAUUCAGUUACAACAAUUGAAUAUGAAUUGAAAUCAUGUCAGCCAACUUAUAUUCAGUUACUGUCUCAAAGAAUUAUUAUUAUUAUUUAUUAGAAAAUAUCAACAUCAAUUUUUGUUUGUGUAAUUGUGAAUAAAAUCACUAACCUUCAGUACUCAAAGAGUUUGCAUCUAAUUCUUGAUCCGAUUUCAAAUUGUAUAUCUGAACGAACAUUUUUAAUCAUAAAAAUAAAAUAAAUUUUGAGUUAUUUACUUUUUUUACAUUUCAAGGUGUAUAACUAUACUAUUAAUUAUAAUAAAUUGUAUCUAUGGCUUGAAUACAUGAUUUACACUCUUCAAAGUUAGAUUGAGGAAUUCUUUCUUUUUUUUAAACAUAUAGGUUAUAGCUAAUUAUGAAUGUGUGUCAUUCUAUCUUGGCUGAAUUUAUCAAGUUCCCAGUGGUAAUCCUUUUACUCAUACCUCUCCUUCCAAAUGCUAGUGAGUUAUCUACUAAACUACUAAGCUUAGAUAGUCACUACCAUUUUCAAUAUCAACAACGAGAUGAUACAAAAACUUACUAUUUCUCUUGUUUACUGGUUCAUUGUUAUUUUAAUACAGAUUAUUACCAAAUCCAGUGAUGCAUCAUGCCAAUUUUUGUCAAAGAAAUUGUUCCCUCUAUUCACCUUCUUAAAUUAUUGAACUAUAUCAGUGAAUAUUUUUGUGUGGAGACAGUAGUUUAGUUACCUCUUCAACACAGAACUACAAGUGAUACUUCAAAGUCCUAGUGAUUAUGAUGAAACAAAAUUAUUUCCAAUCAAACAAUUACCAGCUAGUCAUGGACACACACCAAAAUUUGUCUAACGAUGAAGACCAAUAUUUAAAGAUAAAAAAAUCUUAUUUUUAUCAAUACAGUGCUGAGGUGAUUAUCGAGUCGAGGAGUCUCAUACUAGGACGAAACAGACACCCAGUGUAUCUACGUUUUCAAUGGUGGUUCAACAUUGACCGGUUCAUGAUCUCAAUAAAAUCUGAUCUUUAUGUAUACGAUAAAAUGCUUCCUCUACUCUACACUGAUAUAUAUAACUUGUAACCAAACUACAGUCUUUGGGUACAUACACUUGUAUAACGUUUUCGAUAAUUAUUAUCACUAUUAU